UCAUCAGCAUCACCAGCAUCACCAUGAUCAUGUGCGCACAGGAGCGUUACAGCGGCAGCCAGCGGCACAGCACAGCCAUGUUGAACACACCGCGCUACUAAACCACCACGCCAAUCAUCAGAAUCAUCAGAUCAGAUCACAUCCAUGUUUUUAGAUGCACGGAGAACUGUGGGGAUUUUGAACUGUUAGAUUGAUCUGUUGGCUUGGAUUGAAUCCGACGCAUCCAUCCACUAAAAGCAACCGCGAACGGUUUGAGUAUCAGCAGCAGUUCAGCUCAGUACUUCAGCCGAUGGAAUAAACUGCACGCAAUGGAGAUCACCCCAUCUGAAGGCUAAGAAGGAGCAGUGAGUAAUGGAGUCUCUGUUCGGAGGGGAGCUGGGACUGCUGGGCAGCAGCGAGGGCUUAAAAGAGGAUGGCUGUUGGGCAGGUUCGCCCCUACCUGAGGACAUGUAUUCAGCCUCGCACUUUGCCCUUAUCAGCGCCUACCAGGACAUCAAGACCCGGCUGGCCGGCCUGGAGAGGGAGAACACCGACAUCAAGAGGAAGCUCAAGCUCUAUGAGAUAAAGUUUCCCAUGAUCAGUGACUUUGGCGAGGACAGGAAUUCCUACUGCUCGUUCGAACCCAAAGACACGGCCCUUCUUCAGUCUGAGAACGGCAAUCUGCAGCAGAGAAUCAACAUCCUCACUCAUGAGCUUCAAAAGAGCAAGGAGAGAGAGGAACAGCUGGAAGACGUUAUCCAGGCCUAUGAGAAGAUUCACAUGGAGAAGAACAAUCUUCAGAGAGACCUGGACAAAAUGACGUCUCUGGUGGAGAAGCAUGUGGAGCGCAUUCACAGUCUUGAGGCAGCCCUACGGCAGCGAGAUAAUUCACUGCACAAACUCAACACACAGCUACACAGCAAAGACAUGCAGUACCUGCAGUUACACGCUAAUCCAGAGACACACAGGUUAGACUGCCCAGCUUUGACCUUGCAGAGCUCCCGUAGUCUGGACACCCUGUCUGAUCUUAAACUGCAGCGGCUGGAGGCGGAGCUAGAAGGGGCGCGCCACGAGGCACAGGGGGCUUGUCAGCGAGAGGAGGAGCUAAAGGCUGAGUGUGAGAGACUGCAAGAGGAAUUAGGAGAGCUUCAGAACAGCCAGAGACAACGGGAGGUGAGCUCCACUUGUGCCCAGUGUGACGUGGAGUGGAUAAAGAAAGUGGGAGAUGAACAAGUAAACCUGGCCCUGGCCUACACUGAGCUAACCGAGGAGCUCAGUAGACUCCAGGCACUGAGUGCCAAGCAGACCGAGAUCCUGAGGAAGGUCUCACAGGAACCGACCAGUCCAGUUCAACGGCAUUCUCCUGUGCCUCAUCAGAGGCACUCACCUGUUCCCCAACGGCACUCCCCCAUCCACCAACGCCAUUCCCCCAUUCAACAACGCCAUUCCCCUAUCCAACAAAUCCAUUCCCCUAUCCAGCAGCGACGUUCCCCUGUGCUUCAGCGUCUCUCCCCGGACAUGCACCGUCGCUCACCCCUGGCCGAAGUCACCAAUGGCCCAGCGUCAUACACCUGCAGACCUGCCACCCAGCACCUGAGGGCCAGCUUCCAAGGCCGCCGCAGCUACUCAGAGGUUGCCGACCCUUCUGCCUAUCAGCGCCCACCACGCUUUACCCUCGACCCCGUAUCCACCCUGCCAAAGCCCAGGCCCUAUGUUGACAGCUACCACAAACAGCAUCAACAACAACAACAGCAGCAGCAGCACACCCAUAUCCUGACCCAAAGACAAAGCUCGCAGUCUGGAAUUCAGGCAAUGGGAGGAGAGGUUAAUAUGACGGAAUCCCCCAGACACUCCAGAGAUCUCUCUUUUCAGCAUGCAGAGUUAUCGCAUUUGCAUUACGAGUCUCAGCGUAGUCCAUCACCACUACAUACCCCUUCCCAGGCUCCCCAUUCUUCAGACGAAGAAGAAGAGUGGACCUGUCCUCACCCAAUUAGUCCCCCGCGAACACUGGGCACUUCUGGUCCUGCCUCAAGCAUGAGAGGCCCUGCUUCUUGUUCUGCCUUUCCUAUCCCAGCACGCACCAACACCUUAAGCUGCCACUCACCUGGUUACCUGCAUGCGGAACACGCCCAGUCCUGGCCUUCUAUUAAUCUCUGGAUUGAAACAGAGGAGGAGACUGAUGUAAGGAGCUGCCCGCUGUGCCAACUGAUCUUCCCUGACGGUUACCCUGACGAUGCUCUGAUCAAGCACAUUGACUCUCACUUGGAGAACAGCAAGAUCUGACACCACAAUCACAGUCACACUUCACCUUACUGUCCUUUAAACCCAUAUUAACAAUCAUUAACAGCUUCUGCAGGUUUAGAGUGAUUGCUGUAGAAAAAGGGUGGGGCGGGCCAGCUGAGGUCAGAUCCUUAUAAAUUGAAGACCAUAGAAGGAAAUAUAACACUGCACAGUGUGAGGUUAUAUUUAUAAUAC